CAGUCGAGCUGCAGCAGGACGGAAGAGUCUUUAAGUAAUACAGCAAUGUGGACCUUUAAUGGAUGCUGUCUUUACAUCUUUGUCACACUAAUCUUUGGGAAUCUCCAGGUGUAUAUGCAGAGUACUGCCCUGCUGACUAAACCUUAAGAAGUGCUGGUGGUGCCGUCUCAGACAUGACGUCCUCCUGUGUCCUUUGCGGUGUCCUCUUCGUCAUCACGAUCACGUCCAUCACUACACCUGUAUCAGCUGUUACUACAGUACGGGUGAAGUUUAAUCAGGCUGCUGCUCUGCCAUGUGAACGGAACUGUUCUCGUGAGGCCACAUGGACUCUGUUCAGUAACGAUCAUGUAGUGGCUCAGUGCGAUCAGACAUCCUGCUGGUCAGAGGAGGGAUUUAAAAUGUCCCAUGAUGAGUACCUGAAGGGAAAUCUCACCCUCACCAUCCCUGCAGCUGAUUUCAGUCAGAGGAAACUGUACACGUGUCAGUGUGAUGGCAGAGACAUAAAAGAUGUGCAACUCAGCAUCGACAGACUGAUCUCAUUAGUUCAGCUGAAGCCUGGUGAAGAUCUGCUGCUGGAUUUGCACGUAUCAGAGCGAGUGGAGGUGAUCUAUAACCACAGAGAUUCAGAUAAACAGAUCUGCAGUGUGGACAGAAGCUCACUCCACUGUACAGCUGAAUACACCUCGAGAACAUCACUCACUAACACGGUUCUCACACUGAGAGGAGUCCGGUCGACUGAUGGGGGAGUUUACAUCGUCCGAGAUCCGGAGGAGAAGGAAGACCUUCAUAUUUACGCAGUCAGUGUUGAAGCACCUGUAUCAGCUGUUACUACAGUACGGGUGAAGUUUAAUCAGGCUGCUGCUCUGCCAUGUGAACGGAACUGUUCUCAUGAGGCCACAUGGAGAUCAUUACUGAACAAUCAGGUAGUGGCUCAGUGCAAUCAGACAUCCUGCUGGUCAGAGGAGGGAUUUAAAAUGUCCCAUGAUGAGUACCUGCAGGGAAAUCUCACCCUCACCAUCCCUGCAGCUGAUUUCAGUCAGAGGAAACUGUACACGUGUCGGUGUGAUGGCAGAGACAUAAAAGAUGUGCAGCUCGUAGUUGACACUCCAGGACCAGAGAGUGGUGGGAGACCAGUGUGGGUGUUUGUGGUGAUGGUGGUGUUGAUGUUGGUGUUGCUGCAGCUGUUUUAUGUACGGUAUGUGAAGCGUGUAUUCCUGAGGAAGCGAAGACGACGACGACGAAAAGCAGAUUCGAACAGCUCACCAGAGACAGAACCGCUAAACACGGGGACUUCAGAAGAUCAUUUCAUACAGCAGGCUAAUAAUGGAGGAGAAAGAAGGCAGGCAUCUGUAAACGGAACCAUAGGGCGGUUCCACAUAGGACUGGCAGAGAGAGGGCAGAGAUCAAACAGCCCCACAGCAGUUCACAACUGGGUGAAAGUGCCAUACAAGUGCAAACGGUGCAACUCUAGGAAAGAUGAAGUACAUUAUACAGUUUAGAGACUCUACAGCUAAUGACUUGUAUGAAAGAGCUGAAGAACUCUGCACAGCAAUAUCACUAUUUUAGUGGUGGAACAGUUGUGUGUGUGUGUGUGUGUGUGUGUGUGUGUGUGUGUGUGUGUGUGUGUGUGUGUGUAAUAUAUAUGGAGGACAUAUAUUAUGUGUGUAUGUAUAUAAUAAUGUGUAUAAUGUGAAGUGUUUAUAUACACGCACUAAAUUAUACAGUAUUUUUAUAUUUUAUAGUGUGUAUAAUGUCAAGUUUAUAUACAUGCACUAAAUUGUAGUGUUUUUAUAUUUUAUAGUGUGUAUAA